AUGGCGGACACAGCGGAUCUAUCCAAAAAAAUCAAAGAAUUAAAGGACAAAACGAAAGCUAUUUUAGAAAGCGAUGCAAAUUCAAACUUGCUCGUUGAUCUACUGGAACUUUCGGAGAGGGAGGAUGAAAAGCUCCUAGUCGCAUUUAUCAGAUCAGCACACAAAAUCUUCACAACGUUUUUUUCUCGUGGAAAGCUACAACCUCCUUCUAGCAUGGCGAAAGAAAGCGAAGAUCCUGGAGAUGUCUUUUGUUGCUGGCUGCACGAAAAGUAUUUGCUUACCUUGAAGCGGCUUCUGUAUCUGCUGAGUGUUGGAUCACAGAAUGUUGCGGAGUUUUCCUUAUGUACAUUAAUGAAGUUCAUUGUCGAAGAAGGCAAAUUAAUGAAGUGUUUCCCAAAUGAGCUAUUCAGGCAGAUUUGCGAUGCACUCUUUGAUGGACAACACAGCAUGAAAAACUGCGUUGAACGAUUUGCAGAGUUCUUAGAGUUUGACGAUGUAAGGUUUUAUGUGCUGAAGAAUCUUGGUAAAUUCCUGGGGAAUGUCUCCAACAGCACUGAGAAAUUUCUUGUGGAAAAUACCUUGACAAUGCUGAGCCUUGUAAAGAUGAAGAAAGAUGAAAACGAACUCAAUAAUUUUCUUACUGAUGUGAGAAAAAAGAAGAAGAAAAAGCAUGGCAAAAGUGGAAAACAAGAAGAAAGAUUUCUUGUUCUACAGGAGCAUAGAAGGGUGUUCAGCUCAGCAUGGCUUGGAUUUCUUUCAAUUCCAUUGACAUCAGAAGUUCACAAGAAGAUUCUACUGAAUCUUCACACUGAUGUUUUGCCUCACAUGACUGACCCAAAACUGCUGAUGGAUUUCCUAACCGAUUCCUAUAACACCGGAGGUGUUACAAGCCUACUUGCACUCAACAGUCUAUUUGUGCUGAUACACAAGCACAACUUGGAAUACCCAGAUUUUUUCAAGAAGCUUUAUGCCUUGUUUGAGCCUAACAUCUUCUAUGUGAAGUAUCAAGCAAGAUUCUUUCACCUGGCUGAUCUGUUUUUGAUGUCAACUCAUCUUCCCUCUUACCUGGUUGCCGCUUUUGUAAAGCGUCUGUCGCGCCUCGCUCUCACUGCUCCCCCAUCGGGUGCAAUGUUGGCAAUUCCCUUUGUCUGCAAUUUAAUUAGGCGGCAUCCAAGUGUACAAGUCCUCAUUCAACAAAAGAAGGUAAGACAGAGAAAUUUUAUUUUACUAGUUUCCCUGUCUCCUUGCUCCCUGUCAUUUGGAACAUUUUAUAGGAGAGACUUCUGCACCUCAAUGACAGAAAUGCCAAAUUGAUGCGUAAAAUCUGUCCAGAAUCUCAUCAGGAGCUCUGAUUUGUUGACAUAGCAGGGGCGGAUCCAGGAUUUUUUUUAGGAGGGGUGCACUCGUCUCUUGCUCUACUUCAACACCAAUAAACCACAUAGUUUUUUUAUUUGCAGAAUACCAGUUGUAUUAGAAAACCGCAGGUAAUCUCGGGGGGCACCCCUGCACCCUCCCCCUAGAUCCGCCCCUGCAUAGUAAUUGUCAGGGUUUUUGUUAAUAAUCCUAGUAGUAGGAGAAAGGUGCAAUGUUACCGGACAACAUUUUGAAUGAGGCUCCACUUCUGAAUAAAAAAUAGUCAUAAGCUACCGAACAUUAGGCAGAGAAUUCUGCGUAAUAAACAGAGAAUUCUCUGAUCUCCAAUGCCUAAAGAACACCCUGAAAUGUAUUCUUUUAGCUAUGGCAUUUCUCUUGUUGAGGCACAGACUUCUCUCCCACAAAUUAAAUGUCCCUAGUACCAAGGAUAAAUGGAACAAGGCGUUAAGUGACUCGUCAGGUAUUGUCGAUAAUACUCCUUAAUAAGUAGGUUGAGUAUGAUCAUCUGGGUGAAUGUAGUCCUGAAUAGGACUGUUGUUGUUAACAGUGACUGAGGUUUAACCUGUGUGGUAGUCAUCUUCAGAGUCAAAGUGAAUUGUAUCACGUCAGUUGAUAGUAUUAAACUCUGGUUAUUGACCUGAUUGGUCAAUUAAGUCGUGAUGUUAUUGGUCGUCUGUCAGUAAAGCCGUGAUGAUAUUGGCUAUGAAGACUUUUAAUGUCAUUGGUACUUUUCGAUCCGCCUAUUGUCACAAUUAUUUAUUGUCAGUCAAAUUGUCAGUUGUCCAGUUUAACAAGGAAACUCAGGGUAAUUCAUAAGCAGAACCAGUUUAUCAAAGUCAUGCAUGGCUUUUUUUCUAACACCUUUUUGGUAGACAUCUUGUCAGAAUAUAACCCAUUCUUUACAAAACAAAAAUAUACAAAGAAAGAUACCGAGUUCAUUUUUUUUAUUUUCGUAUUAUUAUUUUCAGAGCAGCUGUUUUGGUGAUUUUUAGUAUCCUAUAGAGCAUUUUCAUAUUACAUUACGCCCACCAUAUUAGUGUUCCAAAGUAGUGAAAACGCAGCCAUGUUGGUGUUCCAAACAAAUCCUGUAGGACUUAAACCUUUUUCUCACGUAAAGAGUUUUUUUUCUUCCAAUAAAUUUGCGUAGUUGCUGGCCAUGUGAGUAAAAAGGCUCUAUUAACAGGACAUAAUAUUAAAAAUGAUGCACUUUCUAAAGACUGUACAUGACGGUACCCUGUACUGUGCACAUACCUAUUUACGAGGGUUUUCUCACAGCUCCGCUUGUCUUCAGAUCAGAUAGACAUAAGAGACUUUAAAAUACCACAAUGACAAGGUUGGUGUUCACAGAUUUAUUGGUUUGACAGUGAUGGUCAGUCAGGUUUGAGCAAGAAUACCAGAUAUUCAAUACACCAUGCAUAGUUUUAAUGUAGACAUAAUAAUACUGUGGAACCCCACUCUACUUACAGCACUUAAUACAGACACCUGCAUACAUGUAUAACAGACAGUUUUGUUUGUCCCGACAAAAUGCUUACAUAUCUGUUCUAAAAUUAACGUGCUUUAUGAACACCUGUUAACUUUGACUCUUUUACUGUAGCCAUUUGAUUAAGUUUUCUGCUUUCAGUAUUAGGAUUAGCUUAGUUGUAGAGUGCUUGACUGCUGAGUGGAAGGUUGCGGGUUCGAUUCCCGGGACCAGAGGACCAGUACUCAGGGUCUUAAAAUAACUGAGAAGUGAAGGUACUCCCUUCGCACCGCAAGCAGCAAGCAGCUGUCUCCAGUUAGAGAUGUAAAAAUAGUGCCCCCAAUUAGCACUUCAUGCCAAAUACCUUGACACUCAAAGAAAAUGUUUUUUUUUUAACUACACAUGCAAGUUUCACUUCCUCCGCUUUUUAGCUGAGGUCAUUGUAACAUAAACUAUUGUGGCCUUCUUCCUCUUUUUCUGCUUUAGUGUGUAUAUCUGGUAUAUCAAUACAACGUGUGUCCGUGACUUUUUUCGGAAAGCUUACUUACUACGGACAACAUGGCAAUUGCCCUCUUGGUGAAAUAAAGUGUUGUUGUUGUUGUUGUUGUUGUUGGUGUCCAUAGUAACCGGGUCCCACUGUAUCAUUUUGUCUUUAGUCAGGAAAGCUACUGCUUGAAGGUGACUCAGAAGAAGACAUUUCCGAUUCUCAAAAAGGUGAUCCUUUUAUUCCCGAUGAACCAGACCCUGCAAAAUGUAAUGCACUGAAGAGUUCACUUUGGGAACUGAAAACUCUCCAAAGCCAUUAUUAUCCAGGAGUUUCAUCACUUGUGGAAAUGCUUCAGAAGCCACUCGGUACCAUGGAAACAGACAUCUCGCAGUAUUUUGAUGAGGAUUAUGAUCAACUGUUCCAGAAGCAAUGCAGAAAGAUUACAGCGGAAAAUGCAGUUUUGGAGUUUCAAGUUCCUAAGGGAUUAUUUAGUAAGGGCAUGUUAGAGAGCUGGGUCUUGGAGUAA